AAGAUCACCACUCUUCGGCUCGCCAGAUCGAGGGGAAUCCCAUGAAUUGAUCAUCUCAAACCCCAAAGGAAGUCUCGGAGGACAAGCCUCUUGAAGACCUGCAGGCAAAUCCCGUUCUGGGGAAGAAUCCAUCUGCAACACAAAUGAUGCCAGGACAGCCAACACCCAGACACACCAUCCUGCCACCUCUAGGGCCAACACCCCCCUGCUGCUUCUCUCCCAAGCACCCACGCCAAGCGUGCCAUGUAACAGGAGAGAAGCCCCGAACCUUCCAUCUAAGUCGUCCCGGACUCCUGUGGCCAGCCGGUCUCACCUCCCAGCCUAGACCCUCAGUCAGGAGACGGGUCAUUUUCACCCAAAGGCAGCUCCAGGUGGCAUCUCUGCAGAUCGAGAAUGACGGUGAAGACCACCAAGCUCUGCGCCAGUACCAAUGUAUAUAGCCAAGUGCCUGAUGGAGGAUGGGGCUGGACCAUAGCCUUUGCUUUCUUCUUUGUCGAAGCGCUCACGUAUGGCAUCAUCAAGUCCUUUGGUGUCUUCUUUAAUGACUUAAUGGAAUGCUUUAAGGAAACCAAUAGCAGGAUCUCCUGGAUAAUCUCCAUCUGUGUGUUUGUAUUGACAUUUUCAGCGCCCCUGGCCACCAUCCUGACGAAUCGUUUUGGCCACCGCCCGGUGGUGAUGCUCGGAGGAGGAAUCAUCAGCGUCGGGAUGGUCCUGGCCUCUUUUUCCCGCAUGGUUUUUCACAUGUACAUCACCAUCGGGAUCAUCUGUGGUUUGGGUUUCUGCCUUAGCUUUCUCCCAACCGUCACCAUUCUGUCCCAGUACUUUGACAAAAAGCGUUCGCUGGUCACCGCAGUUGCUUCCACCGGAGAGUGUUUUGCCAUGUUUACUUGUGCUCCAGCUAUCACCGCUCUGAAAGAACAGAUAGGCUGGAGGCACAGCCUCAUGUUCGUGGGCGUGUUGCAGUUAAACAUCGUCAUCUGUGGGUUACUGCUGCGGCCGAUCGUGAUCAAAGUCCCGGAGGUGGUCAAGAUCCCUGCCGCCGAGGGUCACACCGAAGGGCAGCACAUGCUGGAAUACGAGAAGACCCGCACCUCCAUCGACUCCAUCGACUCGGGGGUCGAACUCACUACCUCACCCCGAAACGCCCCCGGCCAGGCCAAGACCGACAAGAAGAGCCACGACCCAAAGAAGAACACCCAGAAUCCGGGACAACCCAGCGGUGAGCAGGCGAGCAAGAAGACACCCCUGUUGGACUUUUCCAUCAUGAAGGAGCCCUAUUUCAUCUGCUAUGCCCUUUUCGGGCUCUUCUCCACCCUGGGCUUCUUUGCCCCGUCCCUGUACAUCAUCCCGCUCAGCAUCAGCCUGGGCAUCGACAAGGAUCAGUCAGCCUACAUGCUCUCCGCCAUGGCCAUCGCGGAAGUCUUUGGGAGAAUUGGGGCUGGCUGGGUCUUCAACAGGGAGCCGAUCCGGAAGAUCUACCUGGAGCUGGUGUGCGUCCUCUUGCUGACCGUGGCUCUCUUUGCCUUCACUUUCGCUUCGGGAUUCUGGGGGCUCAUGGUCUGCAGCGUCUUCUUUGGGUCAGUGCUGGGCACGGUCACGGGGACUCACAUCCCCCUGCUCGCCGAAGACGACGUGGUUGGGAUCGAGCAGAUGUCCUCGGCCGCCGGGGUCUACAUCUUCGCCCAGAGCCUGUCGGGCCUGGCCGGACCGCCGCUUUCAGGGAUGCUGGUGGACAGCACCAACAAAUACAGCUCGGCCUUCUACUCGUGCGCCGUGGGUACCCUCCUGGGCGCCGCCUUCCUGGCCUUAGUGCGGCCCUGCAAGAUGGGACUGUUCAGCCGGCAGCGCCAGGCCAAGGACAAAGGCAACUCCAAAGCUCUACAAGACCUACCCGAAGACUUUCUCGAGAUGGACCUCGGAAAACCAGACGCCUCCGUUCCCAACCGCCAAGACCUAGUAUGAUCGCCCGGUCCCCUGAAGCGUAACACUGUGUCCACUGGAAAAACAAACCAACAAAAACACACUAGAUAAUCACUCCGCUCCACCGUCGACAUUUUAAAGGGAAUGUAAAUGUGAACUGUGCUCCCAACUACUUUGUUUUUUAAAGGUUUCUUUCUUUUUUUUUUUUUUUUAAAGCGAGCCAAAAACCACUUCCACAGAGAACUUGGCUUUAGACAUCUAGCAAUACAAGAAAGAUGUCAGAGAUCCGUGGGUUCGCAUUUGGGUUUUUAAAGAGGGGGAUGAACAUCAGAGAGGUUCAGGUAGAUUCCAGUUCCACGUGGCAAACGGGUGAAUUUCCGACCCUCGAUCCAGGCGGAAGGAACCCUUCCCGAAUCGGAAAUUGCCAUUGGCGCUGCAAGCUCCAGACCUGCCUUGGGGGAUGAAUAGAUUAAAUAUAAGUAAAACCAGUAAUUCCGA